UUGGAUGCUACAAGAAAUCGAAAAGGGACAGCGUGCAGAAGAUUUAAAAAUGGAUGUGUUACAAGCUUUCCAUUUUAUCAUUCAAAGUUGGGAUGAAGUUAGUAUUAAUACAAUUCGAAAUUGUUGGUACCAUACAAAAAUUCUUGUUGCAGAUACCACCGAUACCAAUUCCCAUUCAGAAGAUUUUUGCCAAACCACGGACCCUGUGCUCAAUGAUAUUGUGAACGCACUUGAAGCUCUUAAUCUUCCUUACCCUAUGCAAGUUGAGGAGUUUUUGGCAAUUCCUGAAGAAAACAUCGUUUAUGAAGUUCCUUCAGAUGAUCACGUUAUUGCAGAGCUUGUUGAAACGUUCAGAACUAAUGACCCAACAAUUGUUGACUUUGAAGACGAAGAUGAUAGCUUUGAAAUCCCUAUUGUCAGCGUCAAUAUGGCGAAUACAAGCUUGGAAACCAUACGUACGUUUUUGCUCCAGCAGAAUGGUACCGAAGAACAUAUCAAUAUCCUAAAAAAAAUUGAAAAAUUUAUUAACAAAACGAAGGUGGGCCAAAUGCAACAAAGCAAAAUUGACCAAUUUUUUGUGGAAAAUAAUGGAAAUAGUUUUCAAGAUGCAUAA